UAGCCCAGACCGUCUGCUCAUCGACCGGCCCUGCGGAGCUGGGAGGUCACCAGCAGGCUCCCGUCCCUGCCUUCCAGAGCACACUUCUGCCCCACCUGCCCCUGCCCCCGCAGCCCACCUGCUCCCAUCCACGCCCGUGUCCGCGCCUCGCCUGCCUUCCUCCUGGAACCCACGGGACCAUGGGCGCCUCCAGGCUCUACACCUUGGUGCUGGUGCUGCAGCCUCAGCGAGUGCUCCUGGGCAUGAAGAAGCGGGGCUUCGGGGCCGGCCGCUGGAACGGCUUCGGGGGCAAAGUGCACGAAGGAGAGACCAUCGAGGACGGGGCCAAGAGGGAGCUGCAGGAGGAGUGCGGGGUCACCGUGGACGCGCUGCACAAGGCGGGCCACAUCACGUUCGAGUUCGUGGGGGAGCCCGAGCUGAUGGACGUGCACAUCUUCUGCGCGGACAGCGUGCAGGGGACGCCCACGGAGAGUGAGGAAAUGCGGCCUCAGUGGUUCCCCCUGGACCAGAUCCCCUUCGCCCACAUGUGGCCGGACGACAGCUACUGGUUCCCUCUCCUGCUCCAGAAGAAGAGGUUCCAGGGCUACUUCAAGUUCCAGGGCCAGGACACCAUCCUGGACUACAGGCUGCGCGAGGUGGACACCGUGUAGCGGCAGGACCACGCGCCCCUCCCGCCGCGGUCACGGCCGCACCACACGUGGGCCCGCCCGGCGAACCACGCCCGGGCUUUGUGUUUGGAACCUGAGUGGAUGGGAAGGAAAAUAAACGUCUUUCCCCCUUUCA